GCUCAGUCAGUGACGGACACAAUGAGUUCGAAAAGUGGACUGCUGUUGUUCGCGGCCCUCGCGAGUGUGGUGUGUGGUGAGGAGCUGCAGUGUCCCUCCUCCUGCUACUGCGACGAAAUCUCCAGGUACAUUCACUGCGAGGGCGACCUGACCAAGGUGACCAAAAUUCCGCAAAAAGUUCCGCGAUACGUAGAAAGGCUCGAGCUGCGUGAAUUCCGUCUGGGUGCCCUCAGGUGGGAAACGACGCGCGGCGCCUUUCCUAACAAACUCAUCGAACUGUCCAUCCGCCACAGCGACAUUACGGAGCUCAUCAACGGCUCCAUGGUGAUGCUGAACCACCUGAGCAACCUGGACAUCAGCCACAACGGCAUUCAGGUAAUUCACCCUGGCACGUUGGAUAACCUGGUGCUGCUGCGCCACCUGGAUCUUGGCUGGAAUAAAAUGAAGGAUGUCAAAGGUAUUUUCGUAGGUCUCAAAAACCUGGAGACCCUGAAUUUGUGCAACAACAAGCUCGAGUCGCUGUCCUUCAAGACAUUUGGCGGCCUUCAAAGGUUGCAGUGGCUUGACCUGUCUGAAAAUAAAAUUAGCAGUGUUGAGCCUGGCACCUUUUUGCCCAUGCCAGGGCUGGAAAGGUUGGUGCUCUCCCUGAAUCCGCUGAAGAGUCUGCAGCGUUUUGAAUUUUUGGGAUCCCGCCUGCGCUACAUGGACGUGAGUAACCUGAAACUGAAAAGGGUUCCGGAGUCGCUGGGGCCCAGUGUCCGCGAACUGCACGCCGUCGCUAACGAACUGAGUGUGGUGCGGCGAGGCGACUUCGAGAGCUACCCCAACUUGAACCUGCUUGACUUGAGCGUCAAUCAGUUGGAAAUAAUUGAGGACGACGCGUUAGGCCGUCUCGAGUCUUUACUUAAACUGUGGCUUUCGAACAACAAACUGAGCAAAAUUCCAAAAUCAUUGCCCAGGUUGCUAAACAUCCUUAUUCUCGAUUACAACCAAAUUUCUGCGAUCUCCAAAGACGACCUCGUCGGCCUGCCCAAGUUAAAACAACUCUCAUUACGUGGAAACAAAAUCACCCAGGUGGAAAGCGUUGUUUUUAACGCCCUUCCAGGUCUCCGUCAACUCGACUUGGCCCAAAACCUUCUCAAUACGGCGACCCUGGGACCGAACGGAUUAGAGGAGGUUGACCUUUCGGACAACCCAGGCCUGCAGGCCACAGCCGAGCACAUUCCGCACUUACGGACCCUGACACUGGGAAACUUUUCCUCCAAAUCGUUUGACCUGCAGGCAUUUGUGGCCCCCCUGACGGAACUGAGCACCCUGAACCUGGCGGGCAGCACCAGUUUCGCCAAUCAAUUGCUCGAGUUGCAACUGUGGUUUGGAGUGAAAGAGGUAAAUUUGCAAAAUUGUUCUCUAAAAUCGUUGCCGGCCUCCGUUUGGGCCCGAAAAGGAAAGUUGCGCGCCCUCCAUCUGUCGCUGAACCCAUGGAACUGCACGCACGACUUCCUGGCCGGUUUCACCAAGCGUGACGGUAAAGUGCGAAUCGUAGACGCACAGAAUUUGGUCUGCGAUGACGGUGCGCCCAUUUUCGUGAACGUGAGCGCCGACGUGAGCGCUGAGCCGUCACUGCCGCCGACUCGCACGCAGAUUUUGGCGCCUACCUCCAUUGAGCCGAACGCCACCAGUAAGCCGCAGAGCACGCUGCCGCUCAAAGUGCCGACGGCCAAAAUCACCCAAGUAGCCGAUGUGCAAACCACACCUGCGGUGGCCGCCAAGUCAACACCUACAAGCACCAAAACGCCGCAGAUCAUCCGCAAACCGACAUCAAUGUUUCUGAAAAUCGCCAAGCUGACCGAGAAAAUGCUCAAAACUGAAAAUCGGGUGCUGGAAAAGUCACGCAAGUUCUCCAUUUUCACUCCGACAACAACAACAUUGGGCACCACAGAACCGGCCAAAGCGAAGGUCACGAUUCCCAACGAAACGCACACGGUGCGCUCGACGGAAACGACGGCCGCGGAGACAACGGCCGAAAUAAACCGGGAGGCCGUCACAAUGAACUACACCCUGCCGGCCACCGACACCACUGAGGCCGAAACCGAGCCGCCUCCACCGCUGACCACAACAGCCAAGGACGAGGACUUUGAGAGUGGAAUGAUUAUAGUCGGUGGCGAGGAGUUUUACGAUGAGCCGCUCAACCGAAACUACUCGGAGGCGCAGGCGGCCAAGUUCGGGCUGCCCCCGGGGGUGGCGAGCAAUGUGCCCGUGGGGCUAAUUAUGUGUCUGAGCUCGCUGACUGUGAGCAUGUUGCUGAUCCUGUUCGUGUACCACUGCAGACUCAAGUACAAGUGGGCGGUGGUCAACCGGCCAGAGGACGAGCCGAUGGACCUCAGGGUGCUCAACUCGUACAGAGACAAUGCGGCCGCGGCGGACAACUACCGCUCCGAGUACGGCCCCCUCGACGUGCGCUAUUAAGAAAUUGAGAGAGCACCUCCCUCUGCUGCAAUUGUGAUCCGCGAGUGUUGACUGUGUUGGUUAUUGUGUGCGAAACGUGCCAAAUUUUGAGACAGGGUUCAGUUCGACGAUUCCAGUGAAUUCAUUAUUAAAACCUAUAAUGAGUGAAAAAAAAUAUAAUAAUCAAUGUUUGCUUCCCACUUCCGCGAGAAAGUCGAGUGAGCAAUUUGUAAGAAAAGUUUACGCCGCUUUGAUAUUUUGAUUGACAACUUUUAUGAUAAUAAUCUUCCAAUUUUAAUAAAUAUGAAUAUAAUGUAAAUGAAAUAUACACUCGAUAAUCUAGGGAGAUACCAAACCAUAUUCUUCUAAAACGCCAGUGACAUUUAAUUAGAACGACCGAACUGUGCAGCAUAAAAAACUAAAACCUACUCCUUCAUUUUCGUUUCUCCUGUGCAUCCGUUACUCUCAUAGCCAAUAACAUUAAUUUAUUCGAACGCGCGAAAUGUUGUAGACUGACAGUGUUUUAAACGAUGACAAGAAGAUUGUGUUAAAUAUAAUUAUGUCUGUUCAACGCCGUAGACAGAGUGAGAAAAUUCAUUCGCUGAUUAACAUGUAAAACGGAGGAAUGCAAAAUAUAAAAGCUUAUAUUUGUGUUCUCUUUCAAACGGUUUGCGUUUCACUGAAAAACAAAUCCAGCCAGAACCCAGUGCAUUUGAAGAGAUAAAGCCACUCACGACUAAUUCAGCCUCGCAGAGUCAUUAGGUUGAAUAAUGCAGGCCGACAGCGCAAAAUAAACAGCACGGCACGCACAGCUAUUUUCUCUUUCUCUGGUGCAAAGUAGCAGCGAAGAGCGCACACGUCUGGCUUUGCAUAUUUAUGACUUUACUUAUUCGGCUUUAGUACGGCCAGAGGGAGUGCGCCCGGCCGAGUUUGUUUUCCUACAUUAUGAAUUCACAAUACGCCUGCUGAUUAUUAAAGUAACUGUCGUAUGUUGUCGUAGUUUCAAUUAAAAAGCUCUCGCUGCC